AUUCAAAAAUAAAUAACUAAUCUAUCGAUAUAUCGAUACAAAUUAUGAACGAAACCACGAAGUAAUCCAUAAACUUAAAGAAUAAAAUGACCCGUUUGUGAAUUAAAUCGCUUAAUUUAACAUUAAGAAACAGGUGUCAAUUUUAACCGCAAGCUUAACCUCCAGCCACUGUCCAUCCAAAGGAAGGAACAGUCCGUUUAAAGCCUUGGCAUGGCGAGUUUAUGGAGAAAGUACAUCCUGUGGUUCGCCCAGGAGCACGUUGACUUUCGAAUUUCCGAGUUCGAGUCGAUCGUUAAGAUGUUUGGCCUUCAGUUUCGACGGCUGACCGAACAGACUUUGAAACCGUUUUGGGUGGUAGAAUUCCCCAACGUGGAAACCGCCAUGCUGUACGCAUCCCGAUCCGUGGCCCUGCGUGCCAUGUUCGAGCUGUACGCCCACUCCAGAAAGCUGCCCGAGUUUCACGAGCGGCUUCGUGCCCACGUUGAUGCGAACCGGAACGAGCUGGCUAAGUACUUCCGACAGGACACCAGCUUUAAGAUCACCGUGGAGACCUACAACAAGCACUUUAGUCAACGAGAAAAAAUCGAAAAGAUUGAGACUAUGGAUUACCUGCCAAUCGAGGGCCCGGUGAACCUAAAAAGUCCCCAGGUGGAGUGGUGGUACAUCGAGUUCUGGGGCUUGGAUCCCACUGCGGUGCCAGAGGAGCCCGAUGACAUUCUGUUUGGUCGGCUCCUGGCGACUGGACAGCGGAAUUUAAUAAAGGAACUCUCUCUGAAACAGCGAAAGUUCAUCGGGAAUACAAGCAUGGAUGCACAGCUAAGCCUGCUGAUGGCCAACCAGGCGAUGGUGCGAGAAGGCGAUCUCGUAUUUGAUCCCUUCGUCGGAACAGGUUCCCUGCUGGUCAGCGCCGCCAAGUGGGGUGGGUACGUCCUGGGAGCCGACAUCGACUACAUGAUGGUGCAUGCCCGCUGCCGUCCGAGCCGUAUUACCCAAAAGGUCCGCGAGAAGGACGAGAGCAUUCGGGCAAACCUGCUGCAGUACGGAUGCGCUGACCGCUACAUGGAUGUGGUUGUGGCGGACUUCUCGAAUCCCCUCUGGCAUCCUCGGAUCUCGUUUGACAGCAUCAUAACCGAUCCUCCAUACGGAAUAAGAGAGGCCACGGAAAAGGUGGAAACGAAAAGGAGUCCAAAGGAUAUCGCUCGAACCGACGACAUGGUCCACUAUCCGUCCACCUCGCACUAUUCGCUGCAGAAUCUGUACGGUGACCUGCUAGAGUUCGCCGCAAGGCAUUUGAAAUUGGGAGGACGCCUUGUGUGCUGGCUUCCCUUUCAUCGCGAAGAUUACGACCCAAAGAUGCUGCCGCAGCACCAGUAUCUGCAGCUGGUGGCGAACUCUGAGCAGCCUUUGACGGGCAACACUUCACGCCGACUGCUCACUUAUGAAAAGUGCUCAGAGUACAGUGCGCUGAACCCCGCGUCAAUCGGUUCAACUCAAGUGCCCACGCCCUCGGAAGACUUCCGGGAACGCUACUUCAACAAUGCUCUGGAGUCGAGGAAGGAGCGUCGGAUGCGGAAGGCUGAACAGCGCGAGCAAGGCCGUCUGGAGAUGGAACUGCGUGGAAAGCUGCCUUCAGAUGGCCGAUCCCAGAAAUGCGAGUUAAACAAGGCGCGAUUUACAGGCUUAACGUGA